AUGGCGGACAACGCCACACUUAAGUUGCCAGAGUACUGGGAGUCGGCACCUGAAGCGUGGUUCGCGCAGGCCGAGGCGCAGUUCGGUCUUCGCGGCAUUGAAGACGACGAGAAGAAGUUCUGGCAUGUCGUUACGGCGCUAAACAGCAGGACCGCGUCCCAGGUGGUCCGCUUCAUCACCUCGCCGCCGGCCCGGGAUAAAUUCGGCGCGCUGAAGGGACACCUACUCAGAGUGCACAGCCUGUCCCGGCGUGAGCGGGCCCGUCGGCUACUGGACAUUAGCGGCCUUGGCGGACGCUCACCGACUCAACUAAUGGACCAUAUGCUGAACCUCUUGGGCGACGAGGAGCCGGGUUCGCUCUUCAGAGAGCUGUUCCUGCGACAACUCCCCGUGCAAGUGCGCACCGCCCUCGGCAACUCCGACGUCUCGGACCCGCGCGCUCUCGCAGAGGAGGCAGAAGCCUAUUUUACUGCGACCCCUCAUACGGCGCACGAGCAAGUGGCGCCGGUGCAAGCACCUUCCGAGUACCUGGCCCCUGCGCGCGAGAUGCGCGCAUCAGCCGACCAGCGGGGGAGUCGACGGGAGCGCGACCAUCGAGAAGUGGCCGGGGUGGCGGGCACUCCCAACCAGCUGCUUUUUGUGGUGGAUUCUCUCUCCGGUCGCAAGUUUCUGUGCGACACCGGCGCGCAGAGGAGCGUGAUACCGGCAGCGCCUGGGGAGCAGGCUGAUGCUUCACCCGGUCCAGCACUCCGUUCAGCGGAUGAUACGCCUAUACGGACGUAUGGAUUAAAGACUUUGGAUUUGCGUUUUGGCAGUCAACGGUUCGUGUGGGAGUUUGUCGUCGCGGACGUCGCCUUUCCCCUCCUUGGGGCGGACUUCCUUUGUGCGCACAACCUGCUGGUGGACGUUGUUAAUGGACGCUUGGUGGACGCUCGGACAUUCCUUUCCAUUCCCGGGGUCAGGGGUGCGGCCGGACUUAUUUGCCUUUCCAACUCGCUCGCGGAGGACAAUGUGUUUUGCCGGUUGUUACGUGAGUACCCAGACCUCACCCGCCCUACCUUCUCCGCCGUCUCCGCUAAACACGGUGUCGUUCACCGCAUUGUCACUUCUGGCGCACCAGUGCAUGCCCGCGCGCGUCGCCUCGAUCCGGCUAAACUGUCUGUGGCUCGGGCCGAGUUCGAGAACAUGGAGCGGCUGGGGAUUGUUAGACGCUCCAGCAGCCCCUGGUCGUCUCCGCUACACAUUGUGCCCAAGCACGACGGAGGGUGGAGGCCGUGCGGGGAUUAUCGUCGUCUUAACGACGUCACCACGCCCGACCGAUACCCUGUGCCUCACGUGCAGGACUUUUCGGCGCACCUCGCCGGUUGCGUCGUGUUCUCCAAGAUCGACCUGGUGCGCGGCUAUCAUCAAGUGCCUGUUCACCCCACCGAUGUUCCCAAAACGGCCGUCAUUACGCCGUUCGGACUUUUCGAGUUUUUGAGGAUGCCGUUCGGGUUGAAAAACGCUGCGCAGUCUUUCCAGCGGUUAAUGGACUCAGUUCUACGGGACAUGCCGUCCGUGUUCGUCUACCUGGACGACAUUCUUGUUGCCAGCGAGGGCGUUCAGGAACACUUACAGCAUCUGAGGGACUUGUUUGAGAGACUGAACGCCCACGGUCUUAUCGUGAACCCCGCGAAGUGCGUUUUUGGGGUCGAGUCUGUACAGUUCCUCGGCCAUCUCGUGGACAAAGACGGCGUGGUUCCACUCCCCUCCAAAGUAGAGGCCGUCACCGGUUUCGCACGUCCACGGUUGGCGCGGGGACUCAGGGAAUUUUUGGGGAUGGUGGCUUACUACCACCGUUUCAUACGUCACGCGGCGCACGUCAUGCGCCCACUGUACGAAGCGCUCAGAGGUACGUCUCCCAGCCAGGUCAUUGAAUGGUCGGCGGACAGGUUGGCGGCGUUCGAGGCUACCAAAGCUGCACUCGGACAGGCGGCGUUGCUGGCACAUCCUCGGCCCGACGCCGACGCGUCUGAUUACGCAGUGGGGGCGGUCCUUGAGCAGUGGGUUGACGGCGCCUGGCAGCCACUUGCCUUUUUUAGUCGCCAAUUGGCGCCUCGUGAGCGCAAGUAUAGCGCUUUCGAUAGAGAGUUAUUGGCCCUUUGGUUAGCGGUGCGUCAUUUCCGUUUUCUUUUGGAGGGCCGUGACUUCACCGCGUACACGGAUCACAAACCCCUCUCGUUCUCGAUGUCGCGCACGGCGGAACCGUGGUCUGCGCGGCAACAGCGACAACUUUCGUAUAUUUCGGAGUUUACCACCGACAUCAGACACGUCUCGGGGAAGGCCAACGUAGUGGCUGACUGUCUGUCCAGGGCGAUCGCCAGCACGGUCCAGCUUGGUUUGGACUAUGCCGCCAUGGCACGGGAUCAAGAGCAUGAUGACAGCGUGCGGGCUCUCCGUUCUGCAACCUCUGGCCUUCACGUGCAGCGCGUUCCAGUUGGCGACUCGGGUGCCGUUUUAUGGUGCGACGUUUCUUCCGGUGUUGCUCGCCCUUUAGUCCCUGCACGCUGGCGGCGCAAGGUGUUCGAUGCGGUACAUUGUCUUUCCCACCCGGGUCGUAAACCGUCCGCAAGACUGGUGUCCCAAAAGUUCGUGUGGCGUGGUCUCAAGAAGGACGUGCUGGCGUGGUCCGAUUCCUGCGUUGCUUGCCAACGAGCCAAGGUGCAGUGCCACAUCAAGAUGCCCCUCGAAACCUUUCAGGUACCUGAGCGCCGUUUCGACCACGUCAAUAUUGACUUGGUUGGGCCGCUGCCCGAGUCACAGGGGUUCACGCAUCUGCUCACUAUGGUUGAUAGGACCACACGUUGGCCCGAGGCCGUUCCACUGUCGUCCACGUCCACGGCGGACGUAGCGCGGGCGUUUAUUGGUACGUGGGUGGCACGUUUUGGAACACCUUCUGACCUUUCGUCAGACAGAGGCGUGCAGUUUACGUCCGAGCUUUGGGGCGCUGUUGCCGGCAGCUUGGGAGUUAAACUGCACCGCACCACUGCUUAUCACCCGCAGGCGAAUGGGCUGUGCGAACGUUUUCACCGUUCCAUGAAAGCUUCACUUCGUGCGUCUUUAUGUGACGGGGACUGGGUAGAUCGGCUUCCAUGGGUGCUGCUAGGUCUCAGGUGUGCACCCAAGGAAGAUCUGCGGGCGUCUUCCGCAGAGUUGGUUUACGGCCAGGUGUUGCGUGUCCCCGCAGAUUUUGUGUCUGAAGCGACCGUUCCAUGGUCGGCCGCGAGUCAAAGGGCUGACCUGUUGGAGUUUGCCGGCAGGUUUGCCCCGGUCCCGACCUCGCGGCACUGCGUGCCCGAUGUGUGCGUUCCGGCUUCCUUGCGUUCGGCGAAAUUCGUUUUUCUCCGGCACGAUGCGCAUCGCGGGCCCUUGCGGCCACCUUACGACGGCCCGUAUAGGAUUCUGGAGCACAGGGACAAAUGUUUAGUGUUGGACAUUGGGGGCCGGAGGGAAACUGUCUCACUGGACAGAGUUAAACCUGCGUGUUUGGACCCUUUUCUGCCGUCGGAGGUUGCAGUACCUUCCCGCCGGGGUCGUCCCCCUGGUCGGCGUCGGGUGGAGUUAGCGGAUUCGUCGGUUCCUUCCCCCUCCGCCUUGGGGCCGCCGCGAGUCUCUUCCCCCCGACCUUCCGCACCUGCCGCCUCCCCACGGCGUUGUAAGCUCGAGAGGAGCAGGGAAAUAAAUGUUGCCAGUUGCUGUUCCAAUAACUCCGCCUACGACUCCUUCUUCCUGGCACCACACAUGUGCGACGUUACCGUGUCUCCAAAAUACAAUCUCUUUAUCAUCUCUCAUCCCCAUCGCUACGAUGAUGAUAGUCGCAGCAUAUGGAUUCCCCCCUCUCCUCAGAUGAAGAGUAGUCAGAGGAGGAAGGAGGAGGAGGAGAAGGAGGAGGAGGAGAAGAAGAGAGCGGGUUGGAAAGAGGAGGGGGGUGAUGACCUGGAUGGUGCCAUGUGA